AUGGAAACGUAUAUGGACCUAGUGAACUAUGCUUGGGAUUAUUUCUGGGCCGGUCCGGAGAAGAAAGUGAAUGUUACUUUUUGGGACUGUGUCCACAACUACGCACGCACCUUUCGCCAACCAGCUUUUCAAGAGGAGCAGAGAAAGUGGUUCUAUGUCUAUUUUGACAAAAUCGCAGACAAAAAUGGAGACGGCAUUCUGACCAGAAAGGAAUAUGAAGAGUUUCUUGGUCUUGUUGGCGUACACCCGUUGUCCGUUCCUCCGUCGUUUGAGGCCUUGGACACAGAUGGUGAUGGUCAGAUCAGCAAAGAAGAAUUCGCAAAUGCUGCCGUAGGUUUCUUCUGCUGCACUGCAGACACCCCGGCAAAGUUAUUUUGGGGUCCGUUUUUGGCUUAA